GCCCUUGAUUGAUAUCUUUUUGACCCUUUUCGUCUUUUGACAUAUCUACAUACGAUUGUUGCUGGUUACUUGUACAUACACCAUUCCGCAUAAUAACCACCUGUCGACACUCAAGGUGCUAUUAUCAAGCAUAAGGGCAUUAUAUAGACCUUCAAAGUUGACCUCAGAACGCCAACCAAUAGGGGACGCGUGUGCUGGGUUUAGAAGAGCGGAAAAAAGCCAGAGGUUAACAGACACACGUAACUCUGUUUGUUCAUCGUUCUUAACUUUCGACAAUUAUACCCCAAUAUCACUCGUUGAGGCCACAGGAGCAUUUUGAUCUCUGGCCGAAAAAAAUAUUAGGAUUACUGUGGUGACGUGUGACGUGUGCAUAAACCAAAAUCAGUGUCGCAUUUCGCACAACUUUUUUAUGGAGUAACAGGCACCACUACAGGUCUUCAUUCUAUUAUCAAAGCUGAAUCGUUUUUUUCAAAAUGUCUACAGAAGCAUCACCUCACCAAAGCCAACAUCUACCCUCGUCGUACCCUCACCACCCCGCGUCUCUUCCCCCCAACGAGCCUCCUCGCAUGCCCAAUCCUGCCCCUUCUCUUCCUGACGCCGCAAAUGGUUCCCACCCGUUUACCGGAGAUCUAUCAAUCAAUUCGAUCAAGACGGAGGACUCAAUGAGUGAUCAUUCUGCCGUAGCAGGUCAACCAUCCCAGUCAUCAAAGGGGAAGAAUGGCGCCACAGGACCAGCGGAGGGAAAGGCGAAACCGCACGUGUGCCCUAUCUGCCAGAGAGGGUUUACUACUGGAGGACAUCUACAGAGACAUCAUAGGAUUCACACUGGUGUGAAAGCGUUCAAGUGUCCUUUUCCUGGAUGCGAGACAAGAACCAGUCGGCAAGAUAAUUUGCAGCAACACUACCGAACCCAUCUGUCUCCUACCCUCCGUCGAGGGUCUGGUUCAGCGGCUCGGGCGGCGGUGAACGCUGCGAUGGAGGCAGCGGGGUUGAAAUCCUCUUCCUCUCGACAACCACGGAAGUCAAAAAGUGCGACCGGCACGCCCACUUCAGCGACUGCUAGCCAUUUCCCUUCACCGUAUGCCACCAAUCCAGGUCCUAACCCGUACGCUGCCUACAUGUACGACCAGCAGCAUGGCUAUCCUCCUCCAUACCCUCUUCCCCCGGGGGUAGCUAUGACUCAGCCUCAAUCUGCCACAUCCAGUCGCGUACCAUCUCCUGUCAAUGGACACUCUGCUGCUGGCUCUUUACCUCCUGCACACCAGCAAUCCUUCUUUUCUCAGCCUUACACACCCACUUACGCCUCUUACCCCAGCGUCCAUCAGCAACCCCCGUAUAGGUAUCCCACAGGUGGCAUGCCUUAUCCCUCUGGGCCAUACUCGCACCACAGCCUAUAUUCUCCUAGUAUCGCCCCUGAACAUAGCCAACACAUGUACAGCCCCAUGCAAAGCAGCUUUGCUGCGCACUCGAGGGAAGGGUCUUACGGACUUUCGGCUUCCGCCUACGGUGGGCGGAGCCCGACCUCGGGUGCUUAUGGGCACGCGCGUAGAUAGCUAUAUACGUCUUCAGCCUUAUCAUCAGUGCCAAUCUUGUCCCAGUACUAGUUAACUUCCCACAUAUUGUCAAAGCUCACUUUCCACAUUGAAAUCAGAUUUAUUAGACAGUUUCUUUACGAUACGAUAUCAUGCAAUGAUGAGAGCUACUUGCUGUUGCCCCUUCUGACAGAAGGGAUCUACCAAUGAACUCCAUUUUCUCAUGAUUCUGUCGGAUCAGGUGCUUUUCGUUGCUAAAGUCGGACAAGUGUUAUUGUGAAUGGCGAACCGAAGAAGAAUAGAGGAAGUCAAGUCUUUGGCUGAUUUUUUUUUUCUUGCUGAGCGUCACUUGUACCAUACUUAGCUUUUCAUGAUGCGCAAAGACAACAUAUUGGAUGCAU